AUGGGUGUCUCCAAGUUUUUCCAUGAACUCAAAACUAAUGCUUCUCCCAAGAGGAUGUUCAAGGCUUUGAUCACCGAUAACCACGAUGUUUUGCCGAAAGUCUCCCCAUCCAUCAAGAGCAUUGAGACAGUUGAAGGAGAUGGUGGUGUUGGGAGUGUAAAACUGACAAACUUCUCUGAUGGGUCUCACUUCAAGUACAUGAAGAACAGGCUCGAUUUUCUGGACACAGAAAACUACGUGAGCAAGUUCACUUUGGUCGAAGGAGAUGCACUUGGUGACCAGCUUGAAAAGAUAUGUUAUGAGAUGAAAUUCGAGGACUCAAAGGAUGGAGGAUGCAUCAUCAAGAUCACCAGUGAGUAUCAUACCAAGGGCGAUGUUGUACUUAAAGAAGAGGAUGUUGAAGCAGGCAAGGAACAUGCUAUGGGACUCUACAAGUCUUGUGCAGAUUACCUGAUUGCCAAUCCUCAUGUUUGUGUCUAA